AUGCAUGCAGGGGUUUCUGUGCCGCUGCCGGUGGAGCUGCUGCUGCGGCGCGACCGCCCGAGCAGCAGCAGCAGCAGCAGACUCAGCGCCGCAAAUGCAGCAGCAGCAGCAGCUGCUGCUGCUGCUGCUGCUGGCACUCAGGUGUACGUACGCCGUCUGUGGCUCCCCGCUAUCCUCCCAGAAGCGCCUUACAUUUUAGGGCUGCGGGUGGCGAGCAGCAAAUACUGGCCGCUAGCUGUCAGCAGCUGCAGCAGCAGCUGCAGCAGCAGCUGCAGCAGCUGCUGCUGUUGCCAGAUAGAAAGCCUCAUUGCAGGGGGGCUGCUGCUGCUGCAGAGGCGGGCACUUGCGCUGCCCCAGGCGCCAAUACCUGCACAGUGCCUGCAGCAGCAGCAGCAGCAAGAGCAGCAGCAGCAGCGGCAAACUCUGGCGCUGCAGCUGCAGCACAAGCUCGGAAGCAAGAUGCCGGCUCGUCAAAUGCUGCUGCAGCUGCUGCACCUGGCGUGUGCUGCUGAAGGCUGCACAGUUGACGGACUACUGCAGCAACUAGCGCUUGUGAACGGCACGCCUGCUGCAGCAAACGCUGCUGCUGCUGCCGCUGCUGCUGCUGCUGCUGCUUCUGCUGCACCGUGGAAGAACCCUGCGGCGGUAGAGCCCUGGGCAGCACCGCUGCAGCAGCUGCUGCCGCACGCAGAAGAGAGCUCGGGGGGUUCCCGCUGCGGUGAGGAUACGCUGAUGCUGUUGCUGCUGCAGCGCCUGCAGCAGCAGCAGCAGCAGCAAGCCAGUGGUGUGGGAAGCCUGCUUCUGCUGCAGGGCCAAAGGCCGCCGGCAGCAGCAGCUGCUGCUGCUGCGCCCGCAGAGUUCGCAGCAACGUCGCUGGAAGCAGAGCAGCAGGUUGCUGCUGCUGCACACUGUCUGUACACUCGAGAAGCUGCAGCAGCAGCAGCAGACCUGCUCCCGCUGCAGGAGUGCGCCGUGGAGGACAAGCUCAAUGCGUUGCCGUUGCUGCAGCACUUCGCAGCAUUUGCCGCAGAAGCAGCAGCAGCAGAAGCAGCAGCAGCAGAAGGCAAAGAAGCAGCAGUGAACUUUGGGGCCAACCCCCUGCAGCUGCGGCGUUUGCGGCUGCUGCUGCUGCUCUCGCUUUCGCUCCCUUCAAAGGCUGGCGCUCAAAGCAGCAGCAGCAACAGCUGCUGCUGCAGCUCCUGCUGCUACUGCUGCUGCUGCAGCGGCGGUGCUGCUUACAAAGACCUUGUGACCCCUCUUGUGCCGCAGUCGCUGCUGCUGCGCUGCAGCAACAGCAGCGCCAAAGCCCUGCGGCUGGGAGGGGCGGCGCACUCUGCCUUUGUGGCUUAUUAUGCAGGCUGUUUGCAUGCAGCAGCAGCAGCUGCUGCUGCUGCUGCUGCUGCUGCUGCGGUUGGGAAGAACUCCGAGGAUUCGACGCGGGGGAGUGCGCAGCAGGUACUGCUGCUGCUCCACGCCGACCCCCAGCAGCAGCAGAAGCUGUCAGCAGCAGCAGCAGCAGCAAUGAAGCAGUGUGUAGACAGAAAGGGGCUGCAUGCGCAAGCUGGCGCUCUCUGCUGCUGCAGCAAAGCGCAGGAGCUGCAGCAGCAGCAGCAGCGCCACAGCUCCGCCAGUGCGCUCUAUUUGCUGUUCCACGGCUUGCCUUUGCUUCCGCAGUGGGUGCGCGCUGUGCUGCUGCAGGUGCCGCUGCUGCUGCAGCUGCUGCUGCAGCAGCAGCAGCAGCAGCCCCAGCAGCACCAGGUGCUCAGCGCAGCUGUUGCUGCUGCUUGCACCCGGCUUGUCCUUGCUGCUGCUCCGGCUGCUUCAGUUGAGGGGCAGCAGCUGCUGCGCAGUGUCCUAAGGCACUUUUGCUGCGCGCUGCUGCAGCUGCUGCAGCAACAGCAGCAGCACCAGCACCGGAAGCAGCAGGCUAGCGCAGAGCGGUCCUGUCAAGACUACUGA